AUGAAACAGGAAACUGUCGUACCAAAGAAUGAACCGGAAGUCAAAAUGGAAGUGGAUGGCACUGAUGAGUCAGACGAUGAUCCAGUGACUUCAGAGUAUAAAGUUUUGGUUUGUCAACCGUCAGAGGACAGUGAUCUGUAUCGCAUUCAGUUCCCAACAAGGAAGUUGAAUUUUUUUAAGGCAGAAGGUAUUAGCGCUCGAUUCAAAAAAACUGUCAAAAUGAUGGAAAUCAAAAUGAAGACUGAUACUCAUUCGGCUUCUUUCGACAGUUCGAAAGCGAAACAUUUGGCUAACAUGUGUGGUAACAAUGGCGCAAAUGGGUUUGGCGAACUUACUGAUGAAACGUAUCUUGGAAGAAGUUUUCGUAGCGAUGCACCCACAUAUUAUGCUAUAGGUUUUUUCCGCAACAUAGAACAGGCGGGAUCGGACAGUGAUGUACAGAGCCCUGUACGUGCCCCGAUUCGUGUCCGUUUUGCACGUCCUGAAACUGAAAAGCAGAAGAAACGUCGCGAGGAAUCUGCUUUUCAUAGGAGUAAAGUCAUUGAGCAAGAUCCUUGGAUCUCUCUUGAGAUUCAUGGGAAAGAGGAUAAGGAAACACGAGAACGAUAUAACACGUUACUAAACAUACCGUCAACAUCUAGCAUAUCCGUAACGAAAUUUGAUCCGGAACAGCUAAUACAGGAAGCAAUCAUAGGCAAAAAGUUAGAAGACCUGUAAGU